AUGGCCCCAGAUGUGUCCAUGGAGGAUGGCACGUCGCUCAGCCCUGCGCCCCAUACAGUAGAGAAGCCGACAGCGAUACCUAACGUUGAUGAGGUUGUCUUCGGCUCGCUAUUGAUCAGGCCCUGGUACCCGUCCUUCUACCCCGAGGAGCUCGUCGGCCGGAAGGUGGAGCGGCUGUACGUGUGCCAGUGGUGCUUCAAGUACGCCAAAGAACUCACAGGCUUCAUCAAGCAUCUUCGAGCGUGCCCACUACGCAGCACGGAGCCGCCAGGCAACCACGUGUAUACGUCGAACGGAUACUCGCUGUACGAGAUUGAUGGCGAGAAGAACAAACUGUAUGCCCAAAAUCUAUGUCUGUUCGCGAAGCUCUUCCUCGAUACAAAGUCCGUCUUCUACGAUGUCACGACGUUUCUCUACUACCUGCUUGUCGCACACGACCCCACGCCGAACAUACCAAACACACAGUUGGACGGUGACGCCCCAGUGGGUCAGAACCAGGUCGUGGGCUUCUUCAGCAAGGAGAAGAUGAGCUGGGACAACAACAAUCUGGCGUGCAUACUGGUCUUCCCGCCGUGGCAGAAGCAAGGCCUGGGCCAAAUCCUCAUGGGUGCAAGCUAUGAGAUGAGCAAGAGAGAAGGACGACUUGGUGGACCCGAGAAGCCACUAUCCGACCUCGGCCACCUGGCAUACGUGCACUACUGGUCGCAAACCCUUGCGCGCACGCUGCUGUCGAGCCCCUCGAAGAAGACACUGACCGUGCACGACCUCGGCCAGAGAACCUUUAUUGUGCCAGACGACAUAAUAGCGACACUGCAAGCCAUGGACGUGCUGGAGCACAAGAAGAGGGGCGGCGCGGAAGCACUCAUCAACAAGGCGAAAGUCAGGGCGUGGGUAGAACAGCACAAAGUCAGCCUCAAAAGCCCAGUAGAUUCGGAAGCGUUUUCGUUGAGAGAGAGAAGCAGGAGCGAAAGCGAGGAAUGA